CAGGGAAGCUAAAGUUGCAUCUAAUAUGCGAUCUGGCGGAGGAAAAUAGCGAAUGGAUGUCUGCAGUCCUUCAGCCCUUACUGGACUUCCCCGGAGUCCUUACUCAGUGCGAAUUACGAUUACAUAGGGGCAAGGAAAGUCACAUAACUGAAUUUGCCGAAGAGAUGGCCCGUCGUAUCAAAGGGGCCCCGCCAAAUAUACGAAAGAAGCCUUUUCCAUUCUUGAAACUACCUCCGGAGAUUAGACGAAAUAUUUUAACAUACACUGACCUAGUUGCGCCGGGUAACGAGGUUCAAUGGAAUCCAAACCUAGGUUUUCACAUUUGCAGGUGGAAUGAUUGCAUCCACGGGGAGUGCAAAAUGGAUCGCGCCUGUAACAAAUGUUGCUAUUCGAGCUGCACUCCACGGACUCCUAGGGGAUUUUUCCCGCUACAGGAGAUCUGCCUUCUUUAUGACAGCGGUUACUCUCCGAGUUGCAAAUGCUGGUAUCCACCGGGACCCCUGAUGCUGGUCAGUCGUACCAUGUAUCGUGAUGCCUGCGAUGUCUUUUAUGGCUGUAACCGCAUCAUUAUCCAUCCCGCCGUCUUGAGGUGGCAUUGGAUAGCUCGCUCUACGGAUGACGGUAAUGCAUGUCCAGUGCAAUUAUCUGUGUCGCAAUUUAUCUUCAGAUAUAAGUGGCCGAGCAUCCUCUCUUAUCUCCGCCGUCUCGAGAUCGUAUUUCCACCCAUUGAUGCGGAUGCGUACCCAGAGGAGCCCCAUCCACUUUACGCCGAGUGGGCGCGUGUCAUAGACCUUCUCAAGGCUCACGCGAAUGUUGCGAACUUAACGAUCAUAAUCCAUAUGGCAUUUAGGCAGUCUGAAGACUUCAAGUCCACGUAUUUCGAAGAGCGAAUGAGGAUAACGGGGAACAAUAACGACGUCGCUUUUAAAGUCCACAAACGUCUUCUAGAGCCGUUGCGAACAUUGAACGAGAUGAAGCGCUUUUACGUCCACCUAGAAUGGCCGUGGCAUUGGUCGUCAAAGGCGUUAGAGCACCCAAAUGAAUGCCGAAGUCGAUGUGGAGAUUGUACAAGCUGCCGAGUCAACGUCAUAGAAAGCUGGCUAGAAAGAUCUGUCAUGGGUGACGAAUACAAUAGUGAUGCGAUUGGGAAGUUGACCCAACGGCCAAGCUAUUGGCUAAUUAAGGAGUGGAAGUAGUUCCAUUUUCCGGGUCAUGAAGACCAUUAUUAAAUCCUUUCGUUACUCUCCACGCGCUUUCUUUUUAGGUAUAAGAAGUGACAGAAUCCAGUCAACAAGUUCCAUAAGCCAAACAUGAGUUUGACUCUGCUUGGGCUUGGCUGGAUUUAGCUUGGGCAGGACCUGUUUUUCUUAGUAUGUUAGGUUGCCCAAGUCAAAUAAAUUAUUAUUAUUAUU